UUGAUGUGAGGAAUUUAAGCUCUGACCCUCUUUCUGUUUUAUUAUUUAUUUAUUUUUUUAUUAUUCCGUCAGACACGAGCGGCGUUACGUCGGAACGAGCAGCCACUUUAUUAGCCAGUAAAGCCCACUAUUAUUCAGCUCCAAACAGAUAAUAAUAACGCGAGAGUUUGCAAGUUGCUUCAAGACUCCGCUGGCUGCAACUGUCAAAGGUGGAGGGGAGCCGCGCGCGAGCCAACACACAGCAGCUGGUACUGUACACGGAGGCGAAAACCCGAAAAAAAAAAAAAAAACACACGAAAUAAUCCCGAGGAGUCUGGGACCUGCCCGUCUUUUCCUGGCGGAUCCCCCCCCAGGAGUGGGAGAAGACGGACUGGAGGAGAAGUGCCUCGUGGUAAACAUAUUAAUGCAGAAAAGGAGGAGGCGGCGGUCGACAACUGGAAAUAAGGCCCCCCUUGCCCGAGCGUGACCGGCAGUUGACGUACAGCAGGUGUGGACGCCAUGUAACGUAACAUCGGUGGAAAGACGCCCACCCCCGGUGCCUGUCUCCUGACCUCCCCCCUCCUCCUCGCCGCGGGUGACGCGGGGACACCCGACUGCUCAGCGACUGCCCCUCCAGCUCAGGCAUGGAGAGCCCAAGUGGCCCCAGGCUUGGGAAGCUGUCCUCGUCAGGGCUGCCAAGGAGCCAAACCCUGAAGCUUGGACAUCCCCAGGAGUUUGUUAGAGCUUCUCCAGGCCCUGAAACCAACAACAUACACAGUUCAAUGUGUGAUGAACAUGUAGAUGGGAAGAGGAAAGGUCGGCCUAAAACUGAAGUGCAGGAACUGAGAAACAUCCCUGCCCAUUUGAUAGUACAAUGGAAGGAAGAGUUUAAGCGCCGCUCCAGGGUUAAAUGUCCAUGUUUGGGAUGUUGGUUAGAGUUUCCCAGCAUCUAUGGCGUCAAGUACCACUAUCAACGCUGCCAGGGGCCCACUGUAGCUGAGAAGCUGAGUCAUGGCUGUCCUUACUGUGAAGCAAUGUUUGCAACAAAAGUACGGCUGGAAAAGCACAAGUUGUGGAAUCAUCCCGACAAAGUUAGUAAGGAACCCAAGGGAGAGCAUGCUAAACUUCAUUCGAUUCCUGUCAAAUUCAACACAAAGAAAAGGCCCAUGGAGAACAGUCCUCCCUCUCCGGUGUUCUUCAAAGUGAAAAAGACUCACGAGGUGUCUACACCCUCUCAGAAUGGAGAACUGGCCCACCAGAAAAACGAGAGGAGACACAUCCAAAGCCAGCCUUCACAGCAGAUUCAUCAGUCCCAGCCAGUUCAGCAACAGUCACAGUCCCAAAGCACAUCAUCCGAUGCAGGAGGAAGUGAAAGCGAGGGGAGCAGCCUUCCCUCUUUUCAUGAUGAAGACCCAGAGCGAAUGAAGCACAGGCGGAAACAAAAAACUCCUAAGAAAUUCACCGGAGAGCAGCCGUCCAUAUCAGGAACAUUUGGAUUGAAAGGCAUGAAUAAGGUGGAGGAGAAGCUGAAGGCAGGUCGUGUUAAAAGACCAGAGGGAUGUGGUUUCAGUGAAGAUCCUCAGAGAAGACCUACAUCAAGUCAGUUGUCCAAAAAGGAGUCAGCCACAGCAAACACUGGUGGUGUUUCUGACACUCAGUGGCAGCGAGCAAUCUUAGAGCGAGGAGAAGUGGUGUGUCCAACCUGCUCCAUCGUCACAAGAAAAACAAUUCAUGGCCUCAAGAAACACAUGGAGAUCUGCCAACAGCUCCAGGAUGCUCUAAAGUGCCAGCAGUGCCAGAAACAGUUCAGGUCCAAGGCUGGCCUCAACUACCACACCAUGGCUGAACACAGCACCAAGCCCUCAGGGAGCGAAGGCCAGACGGGCAACGAACACAAGGAGAGAGAACGGCUGCUCCGAGUGCUCAAACAGAUGGGACGAAUCAAGUGUCCUAGUGAGGGCUGUUCAGCCCAUUUUUCCAGUCUGAUAGGCUACCAGUAUCACCAGCAGCGUUGUGGAAGAGAGUUCUCUGACGAUGAGAAGCCUGUGUUUCUGUGCCAGCACUGUGGAAAAAACUAUCGCUCCAAGGCAGGCCGAGACUACCACGUACGCACUGAACACUCCCCAACCAUCACCCCCUCUACAACCACCAAAAACUACAAGGAUGUCACUGACACCAACAACAAUACUGGCAAAGAGAGGGCAGUCUCUGAGGAGUCUGCACCAGGAGGCAAGAACAAGGAGCAAAACCCACCUGAGAGGAGGGAUUGGCAGGAAAAAGUAUCGUCCAACCAGUCCAAAGAGAAGGAGCUGGAAAAGGAGAGAGAGAGAGAACAAGAGAAAGAAAAAGUGGCACAAAUAAAGAGCCAGGAGGAGGACUUUGAAAGGACUCCCAGUGGUAGAGUGAGGCGGCAGUCAGCUCAGGUGGCAGUGUUCCACCUGCAGGAGAUAGCAGAGGACGAGCUCGCCAAAGACUGGGGCACCAAGCGACGCAUCAAGGACGACCUGGUGCCUGACAGCAAGAGGUUAAACUACACUCGUCCUGGUCUCCCCAACUUCAGUCCAGAGCUACUAGAGGCCUGGAAAAAUCAAGUCAAGGAGAGAGGCUUCAUCUGCUGCACAAACUCAAACUGUGAAGCCGUUUAUUCCAGUGUGUCUGGAUUAAAAGCCCACCUUGCCAACUGCAGCCAGGGUGGAGGUGAAAUGGGAAAGUACACGUGUCUGAUCUGUCAGAAGGAGUUUAACUCAGAGAGUGGUGUUAAGUAUCACAUCAGUAAGACACACUCACAGAACUGGUUUCGUGCUGCAACAAGUCAGAUGAUGUCUGGUAACAAGAGUAAAGUCCCGGAAAACGAUGGGAUUAAAGCAGAGGUGAGGAACGGUGCCACCACUGGUAAGAAGAGGGGCCGCAAACCUAAAGAGCACCCCCUCGUGGAUGAGCCUCUUCCAACAAAUACAGAAACCCUCACCACCACACUGAACUCAACCCCACCAUUCGUGACCCCACCCUCGGGCUCAGCACAGCCCCCAGCCUUGGUUUCCCAUCCGACGGACAAUGAAAGUCCGGUCCAGAACAGAGAGCCUGUCCCCUCCGCCACCAGACGAAGCAAACCCAAGAAAAUCUUUUUGCCGGAGUAGCACUUCUUUUAUCCACCCUGGUGCCAGAGAGGAAACUUACUGUACUUACGGUUUGCCGGGAAGAUAAAAAAAAAGACCUUUCUAACUAAAACAAGAACUUGACGCUGAGAAGAAAGCUGAAUCCACCAAGAAGUAAAAGAUUGAACGCAUCCUUUAAGUCUUGGUUUGGUACCCUAGAGCUUAUGUGUGCACUGGUAAACACCAUAAUUCCAGCAGUAGUGUUUUAUUUCUCCAUUCCACUUUUGUCUCCUUUUAAAGGCACACGUUUCAGUUUGUGUACUCACAGCAGUGUAGUCUGUAGUACUCAACGAUCAGAACCAGACUAACACAGACACGAGGCUUUAAGCAGCAGUAGUACUCCAGAUAAACAGAGUAGUUUUCCCUGAAUGGUUCAAAAAUGUGCUAAGAGGUUUGAAAAAGGAAAUGUUAUUAGCAUGGUGAAGUCAUUUUAUAUUAGCUAAUGUUUUCUCAUGUUUUUUUCCACAGAUAUAUUGUAGGGUGUACAUAAACAGUAUCUAUAUCUAUAUAUCUAUAUACUCAAAGCAAUGUUGCCAUCUGUCAUUUUUAAACCGAGUCCAUCCAACCAGCUCACAAGCAAAGAAUAGUGGAGAGUGUGUUGUAGUGCAAUGUCCACUGAAUUAUUUGUUUGUUUUUGUUUACUUUUUACGUUUUUUCAUUGUAAGCUGAUGUCAUAUAAGCUAAUUGUCGGUCAGUUGUUCAUCAUGUUUCAUAUUUCUCCCACUGCUGUCCUUUCAGUGAUUGGUUUGAUGAAAGGUGUCUGCUUUAACAGCCAGGGAAACGUGUUUAAAACAGUAUUCACACAGUUUCCUUUACACAAUUACAGUCCUAUAAGGGGUUAGCUGAGACUUUCUUCUGUAAGAUUCAAGUUGGAUACGAUAAUAUUUAAGUGAGACUGGUUUAAAAACAAAGAUGUUGAAGCAUUAUAGCUAAACAAAGCUAACUAUUUGACAGAAGGAAGAAUUUUGUGUGAAGGUUGUUGCACCAUUGCAGCACAAUCAAAUGAGAAAAUGUCACUAUUUUAAAGAAGCUCCUGCUUUACCUUGAAUCAAAGCUGAGGAGAGAAUUAAAAAGUUAUCUUUUUAUAGAAAGGUUGAGGAUAAUGAUCUUUUAUUUAAUAUAAAUCAAAUUUAGAUUCUCAGAAAAUAAUGUAAAUAAAUAAAUUUCUGGAAGCUUAAAGUUAUUGCCUUGCACUUUAACCCUUUACCCUUCUUGCUCCUCUCGUUGUCGUUUUGCACUCUAGGACUAUUCAAUCUAACCUAGUGGCUGUUUGGUACAGGAGCAGGAAUAUUACCCUCAUAUAAAAGUUGUUAGAAAACAGCUUAUUUUGUAAAGAUUCAAACGUGACUGUAAGACUAUAAUUUACCCCAGAAAGCCAUAACUGGUCUUGAAGACAUUUAAAAUUGCUCUACCACUCAUGUUAGAUGAGCUUCAGAUUUGUUACAGAAAAAAAACAUACUUAAGAGGAGAGAAUAUUUUCACUUUUAUGUGUUUAAAGUAGAUUCUUGAGUCCACAGUUAUAUUAAAAAACUUCAGCUAAUGGAUUCUCCAUAAUAAAGUUGAUUUGUAUGUGCAGUUUGUCUAUAAAAUAAUGACUUGCUUGCUUUAAAAGAGAGGGGGAAAAAAGACAGAUUGUGAAUCUAUUUUAUAUUCUACUGUGUGUAUUACCUAGAUAGCAAUUUGAUAGUUUUAAAAUUGUGACGUGAGUAUAUUUUGGUGAGAUAAUAAGGGUGCUUUUACUUGCCACUUUACCUUAAUGACCUGAAACAACUCGCUUCAGUCUACUAAUCCAUCCACUUGUGACCUUCUCACUGGCAAGUUGGAGUAGUUUCCGCCAAAAUGUCAACGUCAUUGUUAAAAAAAUUUAGCACUUAUGUUGGCGAAACAGUUUGAAGGAGUUAAAAUGGGCGCCAGGUGGUUUCAGGCCAACGCUGACAUUUUAACAGUGUAAAGAAUCUGAGUCUGAAUUCCUCCAUUACCAGUCAGACAAAGGAGUUUAUUCUUAUUUCUGUUAGUGGGGUGGACCUUUAUCGGAUAUCAAGGUUCAGAUGGAGAGCAGGAGGAGCACUGACUGGUGUGGAUGUUUUUAAUACGAGUUGUCUGGACUUUGUGUGUGUGUGUGCGUGUGUGUUUUGAACAGUUAGCACCUUUGUAAUGACUGGAUGUCAGUAAAGGUAGCACUCCAAGUGUUACGCUGUGGCACAAAAUUCAGUUUGUCUGCUGCUUGUUUCUUGUUUCAUAAACGGCAUCACAUUGACUGUGUUUCCCUGACAAGCAUCGGUGUUGCAAUAUGCUAGUUUAGCACUGCUUUUAACAGUGUAUAUUUUAUAUGUCAUCACACCCUUUACGAUUUGUCUUCCUAUGACAUGGAACACACAGUGAGAGCAAACUGCAUUAUGU